GUUUGCUUGCAAUAUUCCUGACACGCAGCUGAUUCGUGACUUUCAUGCCCGUCUAAAACCAACAUCCGAUAUGGUCCUUUUGCACGACUGCAAGUAUGUUUAUCGAAGUGAUGAAGCCAUUCUAGACCUGUCUCGUUGUUGGUCCAUCCAUUGCUUGUUGGUUUAAUUACCCAAUUGUGAGGAAGGCCGCCUUCAGUAUACCAACUUGAAAGGUGACAUUUCCCUUGAACUACUAAAAACGGAGGGAUACUCCCGCCUUCAGCAUUCACACAAACAAUUGCUGUAGCCCAUUCCCGAUUGCCAGGCUGAACUGCCUUGCCUCUGCCACAUCGAUCGGCGUGCGUAACAACUAAAGCUGAGCUAAUAACGCCCAUCAUGAAGCCCGUCUCGUCAAAGUUGUAGAAAUCGCAGUCUUGGAUGCCGUACUUUGCUCUCAUGUUCUGCACAAGUUGAAACCACGCUCCAAUAAGCUCAGGAUCUUCGCACAAGGCUCUUUGAAAGUCAUAAACGCGAUUAAAAUGCAUCUUUAACUCGGGGCGGCGUUGUAUAAAUCGAUAUGCCCACCGCGUCCCAACGUGCUUUCCCCCACGCGAUUCAAGGAUAUAAUUUGCCAUAUCCUCCACACUAGCAGGCCGAGGCGCAAAUCCUCUUGCAUCCAUAUCCAAUAUAUUUCGAAUAAUCACUUCCUCUUCUAGCUCAGUCAAUUUAAGACUAUUGGCUUUGGUUUCGCGUCGAGAAGGUCGGCCGGCCAUUCUAUCAGUAAGCGUAGAAUAAGGCACUUUAUAUAGUAUUGAUGCAGACCUGCGAUUAAGCGAUUUACAUGUUUGAAGAGCCUCAAUAGCUAGAAUGAUUCGCGCUUCUUGGGUUUGGAUUUCCAUUGGUAGUUGUGGAGGAAACGCGUGUUGAAGUUCGUAGGUAGCUAAGUAGGGAAAAGUUCACGACUCGGUGACAUUCACGACUCGGUGUACAACCACGUUAAGUGUUUUUAGCCACAGCUUCGUGACCAAUAUCGCCGCAAUGAACGUUACGAUGAACGCCGCUCCAGCCAGAGCAACAACUCCCCUCCUGGCCUCCACUCGGCGAAUUUUUGGGCUGCUGCCCGGAAAGCAUCACUUGAUACCGGAAAGAAACGCAAGCGCACCAUGACCUACCAUGACGAUUCUCAGGAAGGACCAAUGCGCAAAGCCAUCUCCCGCCGAUAUGCAGAAGUACUGGAUGAGCUUGAAGGAGAUCAUGAGAUGCUGCACAGAAGGGAGCCAGAGGACUUCUGGGAUGAGAUCACUGAACGGCUGGACUUGGAAACAUGCAUAAUGGUGCUCAGUUUCAUGCGUCACGAUGUAGAAGGAGCAAAAGAUUGGAUACUCGCAGAACUUCUCCCAGACACGCAACCAUACUCGAAGGCGCUCGGAAUUGCACGGGGUAUGAUCAUGAACAAGACCAAGGAUUGGAAAAGCAAGUUGAUCCGGCGGGUUACAGGCCAUGUUCGAACUGUCCUUGCCGCAGACGCAGCAGCUGAUGAAUUACUAAACGGAUGCACAUCGCUGAAGGCCCUCGUUGAGGUCUUCCGGAAGAGAUUUACAAAGGAUAAUUUCUUCGAAGUGUUUUUCUUUGUAGACGGGUAUCUCGACUUUGACAAAACUGCACAGCUUGGGCAGUACUACUGCCGGGAGCUGUACGCUCAUUUCUGUGGUCAUGGCAAACUCCUUGUGGACUGGGAGAAUUCAAAGGACCGGGUCGUUGAAGAUCCGCGUUCGCAGCGCGCCUUUAUGAAGAUGAUGAUGCAUUUCCCGUUGAGUGAGCACUUUGACGGCCUCUCUCGUGCAGAGUUCAAACUGACAGGUUUGAAAACGUCAGCAAACCGCGAGAAGAUGGUCCCGAAGACAUCAGAUUUGGCUGUGGGUGUGGAAUGUUUCUUUGCUUCAGAUGUAGCGCCACCUCCAGUUGAUUCUACGGUUCUACCAACUGCUGCCUCCGCUGAAACAGAAGCACCACCACCUGCCCCAACAUCUGUUCUGCCUCAUGCGCAGACAUCGACGGCAACAAAGACUGCCUCUCGUGGCACUGGCAGCAAGCAUCGCCGGAAGAGGCGACACUGAUGUGGAUUUUCUGGCUUGCAUCACAUCAACGACAUAUACGCAUUACGAUUUGGCUUGAAAUUGGGGGCUUCUUUUGGGAUGGCUGUUGAGCUGGCUGUGCUUGGUGAUCCUGGGUCAACGGAUUGAGGCUUUUAUAUUUGCUUGGCUG